UCUUGGGCCGCAUGAGCCGGCUAACCGGUAAGUACUACUAACGGACUUCUGAAGCCUCAACCCAUUGGCAUUAUUGGGGGGGCCAAAGGUAGGACAUCAUAGAUGCUGUUCCAGACUCGUCCAACCUCCCAGCCGCCACUUGCUCUCUUGUCCUUUUGAUCCUUGACCUCUUCUCUUCUCCAUUGCAGUCGCCUCGUAUACCGAGUCACUCUUUGAUCCAACUUUUUACUAUCGUUAAGUACGACGCUGGUCGUUGUUUGAUUUCGAACAACCUCCAAGAUGUCUCUUUGCCAGAAUGGGGCACCUCCCAUGCACCUUCCAUGGUCUAAUAUAACCGUCACAACCGACCAGAAAGCCAUCACGAGAGGGAUUCAACUAACUCUGGGCACACCUCCUCAAAUCGUCGCCUUACGACCCAGCACUUCUGAUUACAAUUUAUAUGUCGCCAAUCGAGUCAGCUGCGAACCCGAGUUUAAUGCGACAUGUAUCGCAGGCUAUGGAGGUGUCUUUGAUUACACAGAGUCGUCCACGUUCACACAAGUCACAGAAGCCCAAUGGAACGGCACAAAGUACCCAGACGACGUGACUCUUUCAUAUGUUCAUUUCAAUGACGUACUGUCGUUUGGAAACGGCACAAUAUAUGGCUACCCAGCCUUCUUCGACGAACCUGGCUAUGGAGGGCAAGGAGCUCUGCCACUAGGAUGGGGAUCCGAUUUUCUUGAACUCGCCGUCGAGCAGGGUUUGAUUCCUUCAACAGUCUUUGGCCUUUGGACAGGAAGUCGAUCGACCAGUCAUCCUGUCGACGGAUCAAUUGUGCUAGGCGGCUACGACACCACCCGAAUCAAGGGAGAGCUCACCACCUUCGACGCACUGGAAGACUGCGAGACAUGUACCACGAUUACCGAUUUGGUUUACUCAACCGAAGACGGCGAAUUCUCUCUCUUCAGCAACGAUUCUGAAGCCCUUCAGAUCCAUCUCCAACCGGCCGAUCGAGUGCUCGAAGUCCCCCAGAAUGUAUGGGAACUGUUCCAGGAACAUUCCGGAGGAAUCUACGACGAUGGCUAUCUGACCUACGCCGAGGCCAACCCCCCAAAAGGUAAUCUCAGCGUGACGCUACAAAACGGUUACAAGACUGUAAUUCCAACCGAGGAGCUCUUCUACUAUCCUCGUGGAUACAACGAUGAGGGACGAUACGAUGUCAUCAACAAUACAUACCAAAUCGGCCUCUUGGCCAAUCGAACCAACAACGGCUACGUCUUCAGCUGGGGAAUCCCUUACCUGACGAUGAACUACCUGAUUGCCGACUACAAGCGAGGCGAGUUCAAAAUGGCACCGGCAAUCCGAACUGAUUUCUCCAACCAGGGUGGUGGAUACGCUCUGAAAGCAUCUUGCGACCCAACGACCAGCACCGCUGUUUCCACCGCUGUACCCUCUUCCUCAUCCACAGGGACCUCGUCAAGUGAGUCCAAUGGACCGAGCACUGGAACCAUCGUCGGAGCCGCCGUGGGCGGUAUUCUAGGUCUGGUUGCCAUUGCCGGUGGAAUUGGAUUUUUCCUAUGGCGUCGACGACGCCAACAAAACACCGCUCGCAACAACGCCCCGUACGGUACCAUGUAUGAUCCUCUCGCGAACGGUGGAGGCGGAGCAGCUACACCGGCCAUGUCGCAUCAAAAUACCGUUUCUGGCCGCUACUCACAAUGGACCGGCACCUCAGAACUGGGAGAUACCAGUGCCAAAGGCGCCGGCGGCGGCGGGCCAAAUGUGUCGGUCAAUCAAUGGCUUUCAAGUCAAGAUGGAGAUUCACAAACCGCCAUCUCAGACCCAUAUAAUUCACCUAACCCUGACCCUCGCAACGCGCAACAAUUCAGCCCAUUCAAUUCUCCGAUGCCUUCACAUCACCAGAGUCUAGUUCCACCACAGUAUGCCAAAACCGAUCGACCGUUUGAAAUGCCGGCACAACCGUGGGAUACGAAAUGAGGAAGAAGGACUAGAAGGACUACUUAGAAUUGGGGAGAGUAUCAACAAACACCAAUUAGCGCACAGAGAGACCCAUUCGAAUACUUGAGGUUUUAGACUGGGCUGUCGUUUUAUGUGUCGUUGUGUACUUACUGUUAUUGUGUAUAUUUUGGGGAAAGGACUAGCCUGUCUGUGUUUAUAUAUAUAUAUGUAUAUGUAUUGCAAUCAGAGCCGUUGACUUUUUGAUCAAAGGACUCAAUUGGGAUACAUCAUCAUCA